UGCUUUUUUGCUUGCUCUUGCUUAUGCUUGCAUUCUUUUCAUUUUAACUAUUUUUUUCUUCACUGAGAGACUACAAGCAGUCACUCCAGGAUACUUAGAAACCACUGGGACUAUAAUUUAUUGUCGACAAAGUAAACUACUGCCUUAUCUCGACAUUUUUUAUCAAAACUGCAAACGUGGCCUACUGAUCGGCAAAAGCCUGUUAGCAGCUAAGCUAACUGGAACCAAAAUGCCUCCUUUCACUGUGGACGAUUUUCAGAAAAUCCUUCAGAAAAUUGCUGUGCUGGAAACAAAGAUGCAUCGGAUAGAAGUGAAUGUGGAAGUGAAUGGACUAUGCGGGAAUGACGCCACUCUUCCAUGGGGUCAGAGCAGCAGACAUGUACCUGCUAACACACGGCUAGUUAGCCCAAACAAUGACACUCCAAAACAGGAGGACUGUGCAGUUGGGACCAGCUGGAACACUCUUGGUGCUAGGCCUAAAGAUAAAACGUUUCCCACAGACAUGAGAGAACGGAUAACAGGCAGAGCCCAGCGCCCUGAGAUUUGUGAUGCGCCUGGCUGGUCUGCACUCUCAUCCAGAAGGAGUGCCGCCUCAACCCCCUUACCAAGGAGGAAACAGCCAUGGACAGCAGUAAAAGCUACAAGUAAGAGCAAACCUGUAAAAGAAACAAAGAUACAUUUAGAGAACAGAUUUGCACCACUUUCACAAGAUCCUGACUCUCCAUCCCAGGACCUGAGAAGCCCUGUGUCCUCGAAGACCAAGGGAAGGUACGAGACCAAAUCUAUAACUGACAAAAUUCUGGACAUUGUUGCUGACCACACAACGGUGAAAUCGCUCAUUCUGCACACUGGGGCCUUGGAUGUUUUGAAGCAACAAUCUGAGCUUCCCUGGCCAAGGACAAGAGACUAGACAAAACAAAACAGAAGAUAAGACCACACUCUGGAGGAAAACGACUGAGAUCGCUGAGCCAGGAGGAGUCUUCAUCGCCGCCACCUUCACCCCCCCAACAAGAGGAGUGGCCUCCACUGCGGCCAUCUUCACCCCCCCAACAAGAGGAGUGGCCUCCACUGCGGCCAUCUUCACCCCCCCAACAAGAGGAGUGGCCUCCACUCCCAACAGGAGGAGACUUCUAUUCUUCACCACCCCAAACCCCAGCCAACUUCCCGCCCUCUCCAGUCACUCUCUCUCCCUCCUCCCCCCUCCUGGAUUUUACGGAUGAGAUGAAAAAGCUUGUCAAUGUUGGAAUCAAGCUUACACCCCGUCCAAAUCCCAUAUUUUCUCCCCUAAAUCUACAUCAUCGCCCAGCCCCCAGCCCACCACCGCGCCCGAAACCACCAUCACAGAAACUUCACAAAGCCCCUUCACCUCCUCAGAAUCGUCAUCAUCAUAACAAUUCUAACUGAUAUGGGCCGUGUCCAGGCUUCAAAGCUGAUAUCAUUAAUGUUUUCAACCAGGAAAAGCCGGGGCCCUGUGGAAUUCAGGUAGUCUCCUCAAUUCCUCUGUUGGCAGGAAAUAGAAAAAGGGUAAAUCUGCUGAGAAACAGAAGGUACUCGACUAAAUCUGCCAACUUAUUAAAUUUAGCUCCACUUCCUCGUCAGCCACAAACAGCUGUAAAAAAUAACACAACUGGUUUUAACUCACUAAACUUAGCUUUAUUAAAUAUCAGGUCUCUGGGAGGCAAAUCUUUUUUGAUAA